UCUGAGCUGUGGGGAGUGUAUUUUCCAACACACUAAUUGCCCAUUUAACCCAGUUGACUUCUUAAGUUGGCCUGAUCGAAUUGGUUAAACUGGACGGGGAAUUGGCCUCCUCAAGUUCCAGCUAACGGGCUGUUGGACGUGAUAAUCCCGAGACAAUAGAGAUGAUUAGUAAUCGGGAAGAUAAGCCAGUUGUUAGUGCAAUACCUGGAGUUUGCAAGGUGGAAUCUAGGUCAAAAGCGAUGAUUCAGCAGGCCCUAGAAGAGAAACAGCCCUAGUGUGCCCCUGAAUGUUUUCAGUAGCGAAAAAGCCCCGAGAGGUUCCUGGGCAGUUCGUCGAUAAGCCAUGAGGAACUUUACAGAAACCAGUCUGGAUCCGAAGGAUCCAAAUAUUGCGAGACUGACCUAAAUACCGCAGCUUGGGCCUGUGGAAUUCUGGCUGAUAUUAUGACCAAGACGAUAAAUUAAAAGAGUUCAAGUUUAGAGCGUAUUUUUAGAUAGGAAGCUGAUUCACUUAAAUAGAGGCCGGUUGUGCUUGGGCAAGGCCAAUCCACUCAAUGUCUUCCACAUUCAUUUGACCAGUGAAACGCGUGAAACUCGCUCAAUCUGAAGCCAGGAAAGUUCAAUUGAUGUCACCAAUUCACGUCAUAGUGUUAUCUGCGUCACAUGUAGUGUUUCCUGUGCCUUUCUGUGGUCGAAAAAAUGCCGGCUUCGCCAAAAAUACAUUUAAAUUGAUUUAUAUUUAGCGGCGCGACUGAUUCGCAUUCGGAAUGAUCGAUUUUAUUGAGAAUUUCCACGCAUUAAAACACCAUAAACAUCCAUCCUGAUCUGAGAGGAUUUAGAGCAAGCCUUGAAUGUAUCAGCCUAUCAGCUCUUGAAGCGGAAUUAAGCGAACAAUCCAGAUCAUUCUGGUCUUGGUAUCGACAAUGCUUAAUGAGGACAAUUGUUAUGUCAUCCUCUGAUCACGAACAGUACCGGAAUAACCUUGUGGUGUUUUUUAGCAAGUGGCAAACCUUGUUAGCAUGCUGGCAAUGUGGACAAAGGUUCUGUUUGCGAAUGUAUGCUAAAAACUAUGCAAACUUGCCACUGGACGACGGGAAGAAACUGCUUAAUUUGGGUUCAAAAUGUUGGGGAACACUUUGGGUCAAUUUGUACUUGACCGGUGAUUUAUUGAAGUUUAGUAGGAGGAAGUGCAAUUUGCGCCCACCACCGCUGUUCUGGGAAGCAAUAAAAUCUACAUAAAGCCCAGAAAAGUGACCGCCAGAGCUUCAAGGCCUGACAUUUUCGGUUCUUGUUCAUGCUUCAAUUGUCCCCAAGCUGAAGAAAGGAUUGCUGGCAUGGACUGCACCGCAUCGUCCCGCUGACUCUUGAGCACCAUGCAGCGCCUUCAUCGGAUAGGAGGCUCGUCUACUAACAAUGGCUCCUCCGAGCUGUCCAGCUCCUCCUUGCUCAGGACCUACGAUGGUAAAAUAGCCGGGCUGUACGAUUUGGAGGAGACUCUAGGCAGAGGCCAUUUUGCCGUGGUGAAGCUGGCCAGGCAUGUUUUCACCGGGGAGAAAGUCGCUGUGAAAGUGAUCGACAAGAGCAAGCUGGAUGAGGUUUCCAAAGCGCAUCUUUUCCAAGAGGUGAGGUGCAUGAAGCUGGUGCAGCAUCCCAACGUGGUCAGACUGUAUGAAGUGAUCGACACUGCCACCAAGCUCUAUCUGAUCCUAGAGCUGGGCGAUGGUGGGGACCUGUACGAGUACAUCAUCAGGCAUGAUCAAGGCUUGCCUGAAGCAAAGGCCAAGGACUAUUUCAGGCAAAUAGUCAGAUCCAUAGCGUAUUGUCAUCAGCUGCACGUGGUCCAUCGGGACCUCAAGCCGGAGAAUGUGGUCUUUUUCAAGAAACUGGGCAUAGUGAAGCUGACCGACUUCGGCUUCAGCAACAAGUUCUACCCGGGCCAGAAGCUAGAAACGUCGUGCGGCAGUCUGGCGUAUUCGGCGCCCGAAAUUUUGCUCGGCGACUCUUACGAUGCCCCCGCCGUUGACGUGUGGUCGCUGGGGGUGAUUCUCUACAUGUUGGUGUGCGGUCAGGCGCCCUUCCAGGAAGCCAACGACUCCGAAACGCUUACAAUGAUAAUGGAUUGCAAGUACGAUGUGCCUCCUCAUGUGUCGCCCGAAUGUCGAGAUUUAAUCUCCAAGAUGUUGGUGCGCAAUCCAGAAAAGCGUGCAACUCUGGCGGAAAUCUCCAGCCACCCGUGGCUGACUGACGGGGUAGAAGAGAGCGCCAGCACUGAUCUCUUGGCGCUGCCGCUCGUAUCCAAGGAACAUCUCUCUGAAGAGGACCACAACUUCAUCAUCCAGAAGAUCGUCAACGGCAACAUCGCCACCAAGGAAGAAGUCCAAGAAUGCUUGGACCGCAAUGAGUACAACCACAUAACCGCCACCUACUACCUGCUGGCUGAGCGGAAGCUGCGAUCAAAGCGUGUGGAUGUGGCGGCGAAAAGCAAACGCCCAGAGAAUCUGGCGGUGUCAAAGACUUUGGGCCCGCCGAAGCGCGAUAGCGGCACUGGCGCUCCGGUUCCCAUUUUACUGAACGUGCCCCGAACCCCUGGGGAUUUGCCUCAGAGAUCGCGCAAAUGCAGCAUUGUCCAGGAAGAUGAGGAGGAGGAAGACAUUUCUUCGUGCUCCGGCAGGGAGGAACUGGGGCCGCCCCUAAACCGCAGAGGCUCGCGAUCGGAAGGCCGUUUGAACUUGGCCUUGCAGGAAAGGCUGGCUGAAAACGAGCGGCGCAAGCCGGCAGAAAAGAUACUGGAAAAGCCCAAGUCGGCAGCGCAGCGCAAAGAGUGGCAAGCUACGAAGAGUUCCAGCGUUUGCGACGCUGUGAGUGAACCGGAGGUGAUUCCCACCACGAUUAUCACGGACUCCUCCACUAUCAGCAUCCCAAUUAUCACCACCAGCACGCCAGUGGACUUUACAGGGAUGCCCAAGUAUAAAACAAUGCCCUCGCCCACCCGGAGCAACAUGGCAUGGCUGGUUUUAUUUGUAGCCCCACGUCCUUCGGUGCACCAUUCCAACCCUCUGCAGCUGAAUGAGAUCUACGAGGAGGGCGUGGAGACGCCGGAGGCUGCGCGGCCCCAAUCGGGCGCCCGAUUCGUGAAACGGACGCCGUACGAGCAGCGCCGCAGCAAAUUCCACAAGUCGAGAACGGCGUCGUGCAGCUCAUCGGACGCCAGCGACGACGACAGCGAAAAGCGCAAAAAACGCGCCCAUAAACUGAACCCGACGCCGACAAAGCCGAUCCAGGGGCGCCGGGAUAGCUACGAUGACAGCAGCGAUUCUCAGGAGCCGGGAACAGGAGCGGGGACGGGGCAGGCCUUGGGGGGCGCCGCCACCACCAUUUCCAGUGAAUCUAGGGGCAGGGAAACCAGCAGUGGGGGGCAGAGCGACAAGGGCGGCGGCACCAACACUGAAGGGGGGCGCAAAAACACCGCGAAUUCUGGCGUGAUGUUGGGCAGGCGGCAUAAAGCCAGCAGGAGGCGCAGCGGCGAAACUCGGCUGAGGGAAAGCCAGUCUCUGAACAGGAUAACUGAGGUGCAGGAGGACAACACUCAUGCCAUAGUAAUAUCGACAACAGUGGUCGGCACUCACGGCCCAUUAACGCCCAAGGUGAAGGGAAUUGGGGCUCGAAUUCUGCAAGGACUGUCGCUAUCGGCGAGGAAACUGCCUCCGGAGGAGAAGAGCGACAGCCCGAAGAGCUGCAGCCAUCACAUAUCGCGCAAAGACACGCUGAAACCGAGCCAGGACAGUCCGGAGGCGAAAAUCGCGCCCCCCGAUAAGAAGAAGCUACGCAUUUUGGGCAAGUACUUCCAAGUGCACAAGAAGCUGUGCAUUCCGUUUCCGGUGAUUUUCAACAAGAACACGCGACUCUACAAGGCGCAGUCCUGCGGCUCGCUCGUCCGGGACAAAAUCACCAAGGCAGAGCCGCCUCUCAGAUGCAGAGAGAGGGCGGUGAGCGUUUUUCGCAACAGCUUAGGCGUUGAGGAUAUCAAUCGAAACAAAAACGAUGCGCGCAGAAAAUCGGCGACUGUUGUCCAGUUGAACAACGUGUGCAAUGAACUGACUGGCAUGUGCGCCAUCCAUCUGGAGCAAACGUCCAAGUGCAGCUUCUGUUGACUGUUCCCAGGGCUCCAAUGGGAAGGCGGUGAGAAUUUAGCCGCAGGUGGGGCUCGAGAGUUUCUUGUUUCGAUUGCUGGCGCAAAACGGACCAAAUGGCUAAAGUGUUCCGUUUUUCACUCUCCUACGGGUAUCCACCUCCACGAGUCUCUCUCGGAUCGAGACCUUUAAGUGCGUCGCAGUUCAGUCUCGGGUAAAGACGGGCCCCACAGACUUCGGUUUUGGGCCAACAGGUAAAAGUUCGGUGUCUGUGUGCAGUUCUUCGGCUCGGGAUGAGGAAGAAAAGCGUCGGUUUGUUGGAUUUUGUAGGGGAAACUCCAUGCAAACUAAGCAGAGUAUCGAGUUUUGCCCAUAAACCUGGCGACCUUUGCACUUUUUUCUGAUCGAUUUGCCUGAAACUGUGUAAAAAGCCCGAAGUCUGUCGUGGCCUUAAGAGAGCAAAUAUCUAUAUUCCCAUUGAUUAGAGUGGUGUGCUAUUGGGAAACUUAGCGGAUGUUUGUUUAAGGGCGCUAUCUCCCUAGGGGUUCGGGAAAUACCUAUUGCAAAAGUAUUUUUUUAGGGAAAAUAUGUUUUCUUCAUAGGCUUAUAGCGGAAGAAAUUGGCAAAAUUCUAGUGCAGACCGCUUUGCAAUAUCUAUCGGAACGCUAAUUUAUUCCCCUGUAAUCGAGUGCUUCCCAAACCCAUACGGAUUCUGACCAGAAACUGAUCCAAAGAGCGUUUAGCGAGUGAAAAAUCGUCACCAUUCUGAUUCAGAAACGUUGAAAUCAAAAUCAAAACCCUUCUAGAGUAUACUAAUAUCAAACACAUUAGUUAAGUAAAUCAUAAUAAUGUAAAAUCAGUGUUAACGAGAUGUAAUUGUUAUAAAUGUUGUUACCCCUUGUUUAA